AGAGUGCAACAGCCAAUGUCACAACCAUUACGGGUGGCUCCAUACAGAUCGGGAAAUGCCCGAGCCCCUGCGUCUCACACAAGGACGGCGACAAAGAGAUCAGGGGCGAGCACCAGUCGCCGGUCAUACCGAGCCAGAUCUCAGUCGAGGUCGAGGAGGCAUUAAGCGGAGAAGAGCAGCACUCAUCCCGCUUGGAACAGGAUUACCCUGGCUGCCGCCAGGUUGUCCGGCAGGCAUUCUUGCUAAAAGGAAUUCCGAGCGCAGCACUGGAUACGACACUUGCCUCCCUCUCAAGGGCAUCUUUAGCCCAAUAUGCAAAGCCUAUGAAGAUGUGGUGGUCGUUCUGCAAAAAGAGAAAUUUCAACUUCUUCGCCCCAUCAGUACCUUCUUUUUUGGAAUUUCUAUCGUCCGCCUUCGCUGAGAUGGGCUCUUACGCCACUCUCAACACUUACCGCUCGGCUAUAUCUCUCAUUUCUACGGAUAAUAUAGGCGCUCAUCCUCUAGUUAAGAGAUUUUUUAAAGGAGUCGCAACAUUAAAGCCUCAGCGUUCCCGUUACGACUUCGUCUGGGACCCUGCUCCGGUAGUUGAGUAUUUGGCUACUCUAUAUCCUCAUGAGGAUCUUUCAUUGGAAAAAAUUUCAAGGAAGCUGAUCACGCUCCUUGCUCUCACCACUGCACAGAGGAUGCAAACACUGGCAGCGAUUCGGAUUUCAAAUAUGUAUUUCUCGGAUUCCUUGAUUAUCAAGAUUCCUUCGCGUCUAAAGACCUCCGGGAUCGGAAGAUCUCAACCUUUACUUUUGUUCAAACCUUUUCUGAAUAAGCCGGAGGUUUGUGUCUUUUCGUUGGCACAAUGGUAUCUUAAAGCUACUUCAGCGCUUCGGCGAGAAGGCUGCGACCAUCUUUUCAUUUCUUUGCGCGCCCCACACGGUCCAGUUUCGACUCAAACGUUAGCCCGCUGGGUAAAGUUAGAACUCAAGGCAGCGGGAAUAGAUACGAGCGUUUUCUCCGCACAUUCUACUCGUCACGCAGCUACAUCCCUCGCAGCGAGUAAGGGGAUUAGCCUAGACGAGAUCAGGUGCACGGCUGGUUGGAGCAGAUCCUCCGAUGUCUUUGCCCAGUUUUAUAAUCGUUCGAUACUUAAGACCUCAUCUUUCCAGAAUAUUAUUUUAAGCGAUACUUAGUUUUACCACUUCUUAUGUUUAUAUUGUUCUUUUUUAAUAUAUAGAGGCAUUUUUAUGACAAAUCUGAGCGUUGAAUAUCUAUAAUUCUAUCCAUCCGGACGAGACGUAGCAUAAUUAAGAAAUUAAACGAACUUACAGUGAAGUUCGAUUUCAAUUAUGCUGUCUCGUCCGGAUGGAGUCCCACCCCUCCCCUACCCCCUUUUUCUUUUUCAGAUUUGUUGUCUUUAAAAUAAUGAAGGUGCAACCGGGGCGCACCCGAGUGCAGGCGGGUGGCGCCCCUUUUGCUUUACGGUAAAAGACCUGUUGAGGAUAGCGCAGCGGAACGCUACUACAAUUCUAUCCAUCCGGACGAGACAGCAUAAUUAAAAUCGAACUUCACUGGGUAGGUUGUUACAGCGCCAACGGUAGCUAAACCGAAACCGCUAUAGUGACGUUAGAAAGAGAUAAAUAAUCACGCCACUGUCGGCCGACAUACCGCGCGAACUAGCGGCGCUGGCGUUCUUGUGAGAAGAGCCCGUGCAAGCAGCCGUCAAAAACGCAGGAUGAGGAAGUAUAAAAAAAAGAGUGAGCGUGGACAAAUAUCUCAAGACAUCUAUGACAAAGCAGCAUCUGUUUUAGAAGAGGAUAAAACGAAAACAGUUCGUGGCAUCGCAAAAGAUUUUGGACUAUGCCAUAUGACGCUAAGAAGAUACUUACAAAAACGAAACAAAGCAAAGGAAAAGUCUUUGUGUCCUUGAAUGACACUACAUCUCUUAUUUUGGAAUUUACCGAAGAUAAUAUUGAAGUGGGUGCCGUAGAAGAAUGUGAGAGCUCUGUUUGUGCUAACCCAGUUGCAGGUUCUAGCAGAGAUUUGAUCUACGAUGAAUCUACCUUUGCUCCUGAGAUCGUUCGACCUUAUCCAAAAGCUGCUGUUAGAACAAAGAAGAUAACACAAAAAACUCGAAAAUCAGCUAUUUUAACUGACACGCCGGAGAAGGAAGCAUUGACAGUGGAACAAAGCAAGAAAAAUACAUCAAAAAAAAUUUAAGUGACCAAGAAGGAAAAGGCUGAAAAUACAAAUAAGACAGGAGAACCAGUUAAGAAGAAAAGAAAGAUUAGUGUGAAAAGGAAGGUAUUGCAAAAAUCUGACAAAGAUAGCUUAGAGGAUGAUCAUUUUUGCCUCAUAUGUUGUGAAUCAUUUGAUCAGAGUCGAGCUGGUGAAAAAUGGGUGCAAUGUAUUGUUUGUAAAAAAUGGUCACAUGUGAAAUGUGCUAAAGGAAAUAUACUAUCCUAUGUUUGUUUAAA